AAUAUUAUAUAUAGAAAGGUAUUUAUGAAUUUAUGUCUUUGAUAAGAUCAAAGGAUCGAAUUUUGAAAUUUGAAAUGGGAUUUUAACUGAAUAUGACUACCUACCUAUCUAUCGUGAUCUAUAGAUUGAAUGUACGACUAGAAAUGUCAAAAGAUAAUGGAUUGACUAAAUAUUUGAAUUGAAAUAGGGAAAAAAGGAAAAAAAAUUGUACAAAAAAAAUUGGAUACUUGAACGAAUAUAAACUUAUGACUUGUCCCUGAAUUUUACCUCUAGGCUUUAAUAGUCUAGUUAACUGAAGAUUGAAGAUAUAAACUGAAGACAUUAAAUGGAUGUAAUUUACGAUGAGACAAGUUUACUUAUGACAUGGCAGCAUGGUCUCUGACCUUAGCCGGUUCCCUGAGGAACGAAAGGAAAAAAAAAAAAAGGAGAUCAGAAUGGAGAUUCUUUUGGCUAUUUGUUGUUGAUUUGAUUGUUGCAAGUUGCAAAUAUUUUAGUUGCACGUUGGAUAAAUGCCAAGAAUUGAUCUAUUUAUAAUAAAAGGGAAGUCCACAUAUAGCCAUCUCCGAAACUAUAUUGCGGAAUUAGAAAAUCCAAUUAAUUAAAAUGGCUAUACUGCAUCGUGCAUUGUUUACGUGGUUCAUAUUUUUAGUAUUUCUAAUAUUGCUAUGUCUUAGAUUAGAAUCAAGAACACAUUGGAAUUGGUUUAUUGUUUUUAUACCUAUGUGGGUUUACGACAGCAUACUUUUGAUAUACGUGUUGUUUCAUAUGGUGUCCCAUUGCAGAAAUGGAAUAGAAAGAUUCCGAGGGACUAUUAACAAAAAUGUUUGGUACAUCGCUGCUAUAGGCCUGAAAAUGGCAGCACAAAUCAUAAUUUGUAUUAAACUGGAAUACAGCAAAGUAAACCUACCGAUUUAUGUAGUAAUGACACCAAUUUGGAUGCUCCUACCAGUGUUAUGCAUAGAAGUGUUUAUGCAUUUAAUCAAACAUUCCAGUGGAAGCAGUAGAUAUUAAAAUAAAAUGUUAAACAACCUCCACACUGAGUGUAUUGAACCAUUUUUAUGUGUAGUGAAGUAGGAACAUGUGACUUCAUGACGGUGUUUGAAUGUGUGAGAUAAAAUUAAACUUGGCACCUAUUCAUUGACGCUGGGUUGUUUGCACAUGUCAAAUUUUCAGUGUUGGCGUCAGAAACCUUGGUGAUAUAACAACAUCAUCAGACUACACAAAAUUUCAAAAUGUCUUCAUUCGCAGACAGUAUUCC